AUUUUUUAAAAGUCGAAUGGGUCAAGGUCAUUUUCGUAAACAAGACUUGCCGGAACCAUGCUGUCUGCUACAGCCACUGUAAUCAAAAGCGUUCCCAAAUGUGUUGGAGCUUUGGGAACUCUUGCCAGCCGUCUGAAGCAUACUUUGCCAGACCUACCCUAUGACUACAAUGCAUUGGAACCUUACAUUUCUGCAGAGAUCAUGCAGCUCCACCACUCAAAACAUCAUGCUGCAUAUGUCAAUAAUCUAAACAUAGCUGAAGAGAAAUUAGCAGAAGCAACAGAGACAAAAAACAUUAAUCAGGUGAUACAGCUACAGCCAGCACUCAAGUUCAAUGGUGGUGGCCACAUCAACCACUCAAUUUUCUGGGAGGUCUUGAGCCCCAAUGGAGGAGGUGAACCCUCUGGAGAUCUCCUAGAAGUCAUCAAUCGGGAUUUUGGCUCCUUUGAAGCCAUGAAAUCAGAACUGAGCAAUGCUUCCGCUGCUGUCCAAGGAUCUGGCUGGGGAUGGCUAGGUUUCAAUCCUGUCAGUAAGAGACUUAGAAUAGCAGCUUGUGCUAACCAGGACCCACUACAACCAACCACAGGACUGGUGCCUCUGUUUGGCAUCGACGUCUGGGAGCAUGCUUACUACCUACAGUAUAAAAAUGUCCGCCCCGAUUACGUAAAGGCCAUUUGGAAUGUUGUGAACUGGGAUUGUGUUUCACAGAAGUUACAUGAUGCCAUGAUGGAUUGCUGAGUACAUACUGAAAAACUUGAGAUGUGUGAACCCCAAUAUAAACUCACAGCACUUGAUCUGGACAACAGUGCUGGAUGGAAUCCACUCUGAUGUCAGGCUAUAGUGUCAUACUGUUGUACUUGUAUCUACAGAGCAUUAUUGGUGCAUGUUCCUUGUGAUUGAAAUACAUGUAAUGACUUAUUAACCAGGCCAAUGAGUAGUAAUUAUUAUAACCAUGAUUUACACUGCAAAGAAAUAGGAUGUUUUAGGUUGUUUUGGCAACUAUUGUUUAAUUAAAACAGAGAGUACUUACAGGAUUGAAUUACAGUUUAUAGCUGCCGAGAAGUGAUUCUUUAAACAGCUGGUAAAGAAGGCAAAUGUUUACCUGGUAAUUGCAAGUACAUAUUACAGAUUACAUAGAACAGCUUGUAUGUAUAUUAUAUUAAUCAUGUAUAAGUUCUUUUGAUAAUGCAGGCAAAGAAGUAUUGCACAAAAACCAUACUGUACUAGAUUUUUCUUACUCAGUUUGUCGGAUAUGUUUGACACCAUAAUAUACAUUUUUAUACACAAGAGAUAUUACUUUGCCAUUCUAUCAUGUACAAAUAUUAAAGGAGAAGUACAAUAGGUAUUAAAAUCGUUUGUUCUUGUAUGUUGCCCACAUGUAAUAAUUCAUUUGGAGUUCUUGUGCUUGAAGCACUUCAAAUGAAAUUUUUGCAUUUAGUCAAAUCACACCUCUGCUUCAGAGUUGGGAGAUUGAUCUUUUUGUUUUUAGAAAUAUUUGAAGUUGCCAGUUUAUUUCAGUCUAAGGGAGAUAACCUGUUAUGUCUGGAUUUGUCUCGUUAGUAUUAAAUACUAAGAAAUGUAUCAUUAAUCAAUAUUGUAGCAUUUAUCUUACCUAAACAAAUGCUUGUAUUUCAUCAGUUAUUUGCAGUUAUAUACUUUUCUGAUUUGGCAAUGGUCAGUUUUGGGUGUAUUUAUUGAUUGCAUGUGUGAUUUAUAAUUUUUCUUAUAUUAUCAUUUGGUAAUAUUCAAAUGUUUGCAGAUUAAAUCGGACUCGUAACUAAUAAACAAAUGAUAUAGUCA